UAUAGCCUAUAUACAAAUUAUGGCAACCUCUUAUGAACUACAUGGAGAAUCUCUCAUCUCACAUGACUGAAAGUGAGAUGGGAGUGUGGCUCUAUUCUUUUGUUACGUCUUACUUUAUUUCAUUGUCUGUUAAUUUAUUUUUUUAAACGUUUGUAAUGUAUAGAGAGGAUUGUAUUGUCAUUGUGUGGCUGUCUGGUUUGUACAGUACAGCAGGGGGCAGUAUGACCGGUUUUCACCAGGAGCGCUGCCGCAUUUCAGCGUAGAGGAAGAAAGAAAGACAACAUCAUGGCAGCCCCCGCAGAACACGUUGAACCCGCGUCCACAGCCGCAGAUCCUCCAGAAAUGGACAAGACAGACGCUCCAGAAACCAGCAGAGACCCAGACACGGACCCAGAUGAGGACGAAGACGAGGACGGAGGCGAGCCGGCCGGGCCGAAGAUCCGAGAAACCCCGCAGGACAUCCGGCUGGAGGCGAUCGCCAACACGGUGGCUCUCCAUCCGAGCAGGGACAUGCUGGUGUGCGGGGACGUGGACGGGGAUGUGUACGCCUUCUCCUACUCCUGCACGGAGGGUGAGAACCGGGAACUGUGGUCAUCCGGACACCACAUGAAGUCCUGCCGCCAGGUGCGCUUCUCUGCAGACGGACUGCAGCUGUACAGCGUCUCCCGGGACAAGGCCGUCCACCUGCUGGACGUGGAGCGCGGACAGCUGGUCACCAGGAUCCGCGGGGCGCACGGAGCCCCCAUUAACAGCCUGCUGCUGGUGGACCAGAACAUCCUGGCGACCGGAGACGACGGAGGCACCCUGAAGGUGUGGGACAUGAGGAAAGGGACGGCUGUCAUGGAUCUGAAACAUCAUGAGGAUUACAUCAGUGACAUCGCUGUGGACCAGGCCAAGAGGAUCCUACUCACUGCCAGUGGCGAUGGUACCAUGGGCGUCUUCAACAUCAAGAGGCGGCGGUUCGAGCUGCUGUCGGAGUUCCAGAGUGGCGAUCUGACGUCAGUGGCGCUGAUGAAGCGGGGGAAGAAGGUGGUUUGCGGCUCCAGCGAGGGCACCAUCUACAUCUUCAACUGGAACGGCUUCGGAGCCACAAGUGACCGCUUCGCCGUCAAGGCCGAGUCGGUGGACUGCAUCCUCCCCAUCACCGACAACAUCAUGUGCACCGCCUCCAUGGACGGGUACAUUCGAGCCAUCAACCUCCUUCCUAACCGGGUCAUUGGAUGCAUUGGGCAGCAUGUUGGCGAACCCAUCGAAGAGCUCGCCAAGUCCUGGGACUCUCGCUUCCUGGCCAGCUGCGGCCAUGACCAGCUUAUCAAGUUCUGGGACAUUUCCAGUUUACCCAACGCAACUGUCAACGAAUACCGCAAGAGGAAGAAGAAAGACGGACGAAUGAAGUCUCUCACCAAGAAAGCCCACGGAGACAAUGACUUCUUCGCAGGACUUGUAGAUGAAACUGAGAAAAAGGAGGAAGGAGGAGAAGAAGAAGAAGAGGAGGAAGAGGACGACAGUGACAGUGACAGUGGCAGCGAUUAAAAAGCAAUUUCAUGUUGCUUCAUGUUUGAGAUGAGUUGUUGCUGUGCCUUUGGACAGUUUGUUUGAUGGAGGAUUACAGCCAAAGUGCCUCACAAUGUCUGGAGUAUGAACGUCUGCAUGGAUGACACUGAACCUCUGAUCUCUGCACUGUUGGCGUCUCAUUUUAGAGACUUUGAACUAGAAACAAGCCACCAACGGUGACUGUGUUUACAAAUGCGAAUGUGAGGUUAAAGACAAAAAUAUAUGGUGGGAUAAACGGUGAAUGUCCCAGAACAGUGCAAACUCUGCUUCCGAAAUAUUUAUGACUGUUAAGUCAAAUAUAAGAAAAUGAUCAUACAUUAAAAUAAACAGGAAAUAAUAACUAUGUAAUGGUUGGGCUGGGUAUCAAAUGUUCAUGCUUUUUUGGCACUGAUCACAGUAUCAUUGUCAAGUACCGAAAGCUGGCAAUGAACGCCUUGUCAGAUUCGUUAUCUUGUCUACUUAUUCUUUCAUAAGAUAGUUCCUGAUUUAAAUUAAAAAACUGGCAAUAUUUGACUGUAUUUUAUUUAGGAACGUUUUAGAACUUUUAAUUCUUUUGAUUAAUGUGAAAACAUUUAUUUUAUUUUUUUUUUACUAGAAAAUAUGAUUUUCCAAGUGAGGUAUCAAUUAAAGGUAUCAUUUUGGUAUCAGUAAAGGAACAUGUUGUAUCAGCAGUUGUAUCACAAGUUUGUAAUGAUACCCAGCCCUAUGAAAUGCUAACAGGCAGAGAGAGAGACUGGAAUUAGCCUGUUAACUAUAGCUAAUAAUUUUUUGAUACAUUUGUUGAAAAAUAUUUGUAUUAAAUUUAUUUCACUGACA